UUUUAAAAGUUUAAAUAUUUUGGAGUAAGUCAUGGAUCAAUACUGUCGGAUUUGCGUGCGUAACGAUCUUGGCCCCGGACAGAUGGUAUCGCUGUUCUGCGAGCGGAAGGGCGAAGUCAUUGCCAACAUGAUUAUUGACUGUGCCGAUGUGAUGGUUUCGCACGACGAUAAUCUACCGGAUGCGGUGUGCCCUGACUGCCUUACCAGGCUCGUUGAUGCAUUUACCCUGAGGAAGCUAAUACGCGACUCGGAGAGUGCCCUUCAAGCCAUAGCACUCCGGUUGAAGGCCGAGAAAGCUGGCGAAUUGCUGAUGGAUCCACUUCAAUUGGAACCUCCACCCAUUGAACUAUCACACCCGAAGGAACCCGGGGCCAGUGGGGGUAAAGCCACAAAAUAUCCCACCGACGAACAAAUCGAAAGCAUCGAAACGUUUGAAACGUACAAUGUUAUCAAACUGAGGGGCGUACGAUGUUGCGGUUGUAACGAAAUUUUGCCAUCCAAGCAGGAUUUGGUCAGGCACAGUCGUUUGGAGCAUUCGCAUCGAGCAGGGGGGUCACAGGCGUUAUUCCAAUGUUCAACUUGCUUCGAGCGUUUUCCCAACCGAAUGAAGCUGUUGAAUCACAACAAAAACUACGAGUCCGAUGAAAUUUACCACUGCACUGUGUGCGACAUCCUGUUCGACAUCAAGUACCGCUUGUUGCAGCAUCAGAAUUUGAGCAAAGCGCAUCAGAUUGUUCCGGAUGCAUCUACGGACGGUCAAGGCAACGACAACUGUAAGGGGACGAAGGAGCGAAGGCGUAACCAGUCGCGAAAACGUGCUGCGAAAGAGUUGCACUACCCGGAUGGGGAGUUUAUCUUGUCGAUCGAUGAAACUCAGGAAUAUCAGAUCAUCCAUAUGGCAGGGGAACGAUGUUGCGGAUGUGGGAUGGUAUUUCAUAAUUAUCAGGAUCUGAUAGAUCAUUGCGGAGAAGUACAUCCACGGAAGGAUGAUGACAGCACUAGCUACGAGUGCAACUUAUGCUUUGAAAGAUUCGAACAGAUACAGUCGUACAACCGACAUAAAACAUCCAGGGUACAAAAAGAGAUUUUCUACUGUAAGUUCUGCGACGUUGUAAUCGAUGUAAAGUUUAGGUUUGAGCAGCAUUUGAAAACCAGCGUUGCCCAUCAAUCAGCUGUUGAGAGAGCAGGCAUAAAAUCCAACUUUCCCGUUGACGAGAAAUCUAUUUCUGAACUGCGUGCGCUGGAGAGGAAUAUUGAAGUCUUGGAAAUCGAUGGCGUUCGUUGCUGUGGAUGUGACUUUGUAUGCAACACCAGAGAGGAGCUGGAAGAUCAUUCAGAGGAAAGGCAUGGAUUUGAAAGAGAUGUGUUGGGUAACAGCGACGAGUUUGAAUGCGAUAUCUGUUUCAAACGGUUCUUGAAAUUCGGAUUGCUUACAUUUCACAAGAACCUAGCUCUUCAGAAAACUUUAUACAAGUGUAAGCAUUGUGAUGAACAAUCUGAAAUUAAAUAUCGAAUCUUGCAGCAUCUCGCUGAAAACGUGCACCAUAUUUCGGAUCAACCAGAACCAACUUCAGAGUCAGAACCGAAAGUGUUCCACUGUUGCUUCGUGAAGUGCUCAGUGACCUUUGAAGACCCUAACGAUCUGCUAGACCACGUGGAAGAGCAGCAUGCUCCAAAGCGUCGUGAAAAUGCUCGGGAACGUGAAUCGAAUGCGUUCAUCUGCUAUGUGUGCCACAAGAGUUUCAAAAACGAACGCUCGCUGCAAAGUCACCAAUUCCCGAAGAAAACCGAAAAUCUACACGUUUGCAGUACUUGCAAUGCAAGCUUUCUGUACUUAUCGGCACUGACAAAUCACGAAAAGAUGCAUACCGGAAUAAAGGAAUACAAGUGUGAUGUGUGCGAUAAGGAAUUUUAUGAUGAGCGGGCUCUAAAAGUGCACCAAGUGUGUCACAAAGAGGACCGACCCUAUGUUUGCGAUAUUUGUUCGAAGUCUUUCCUCAGAAAGGGUAACUUAAGGGUGCACAAACGCUGCCAUUCGGACAACAUCUGGGAGUGUCCACACUGUACCAACAAGUUCAAAACCAAGCAAUCGCUAACCCUCCACAUUCGGAGCCAUACCGGAGAGAAACCAUUCGAGUGUCACUACUGUACCAAUCGGUACAGCCACUGGUCCGAUCGCAAUCGCCACGAAAUGUCCGCCCAUACCAAAGUGCGACCGCAUAAGUGCCCCGAUUGCGAAAUGACCUUCAUUCGGAAGCGCCAGCUAACGCUCCACGCCAGAACCCACACGGGCGAGCGGCCGUACACGUGUCACAUUUGCGACCGAACCUUCGUGCAGUCGACCUACCUGAAGAAGCACUUGGCCACGCACGAGAAGCAUGGAACGAAAGUCAAGGAAACGGAAUACCUGAUCGAACUUAUGCCCGAGGAAGGCGAGAAGGAGUUUGAGGUUGUGGAGAUGGUAGAGAACGACCAGCAGAUGCUGGACGAGGGGAACUCGGAAAACGAUCGGAUGAGCGAAGAAGAAAUGGACGAUGAUGAAUGAAUGUCUGUUACGUAUUUUUGUAAGUCUACAUUUUCCUAUAAGAUAACUCCAAGAAUAAAUAUUACAGCAAGUUGCGUACAUGAUAGAGAAAAUAUACACAAUAAUACCGAAUUCA